CUUUUUUUUUUAUCUUCUACCUUCAUCUCCAUCUUCCCUUCGUCUUCUGUCUUCGGUGGCAGCUUAAAUCUCUGUAAAUACCCCCAAAUUCAAUACCCUUUUGCUUAAACUGCCACCCCUUUUUCCCCAUUAUUGUCUCGGCGGCAACUAGACAUGGACAUAUAAGAACAGUGUAUAUAUACGCAUACGAGUAUAGUUAAAAAUAGUAAGAAAUGGGAAAUGCUGGUGGAAGAGAAAAUGGUGGUGGUGGGGAUGGUGGUUCUGCUGACGGUGGUGGGGGAAGAUCGAAUGGUGCACGUGACUCGCACGCUGGGACAGCAGCAGGUGUUCAACCCGCUGACUUGAUGGUUAAUUCUCCUCCUCAGAGUCCUCGGCACCUUAGUCCUAAUUCGCCUUUGUUGCUCGCCCCUCAGGUUCCAGUGGUGUCUUUACAAGGUAAUGGCCUUUCCUUCUAUAAUCAAUUCCAAAGGAUUGAAAAUCUUGGAACUAUCAAUGAACCCUUCGUGCGAGGUAUUCCUACUCUCAUAACAUGGAGCUAUGGUGGUAAUCAUGUGGCUGUGGAAGGAUCUUGGGACAACUGGAGGUCAAGGAAGACACUUGACAGAUCUGGUAAAGAUCACACCAUUAUCUUGGUACUGCCAUCAGGAAUAUACCAUUACAAGUUUAUUGUUGAUGGCAGUGUGAAAUAUAUCCCAAAUCUUCCAUAUGAAGCUGAUGGCAUGGGGCAUGUUUGCAAUCUUCUUGAUGUUCAUGAGGAUGUCCCGGAGAACUUCGAAGGUGUGAGGGAGUUUGAAGCGCCACCAUCGCCUGACACGAGCUAUAGUCAUAGUUUUCUUAGUGAUGAAGAUUUUGCAAAGGAGCCAGUGGAAGUUCCACCUCAACUCCAGCUGACUGUUCUUGAUACAGGAAAUAUAGAUGAAGCAGCUUCUUCUUCAACAAAGCCCCAGCAUGUGGUGCUUGACCACCUCUUUAUUGAAAAAGGAUGGGCAUCCCAAUCAGUUCUUGCUCUUGGUUUGACCCACAGGUUUCAAUCCAAAUAUGUAACUGUUGUUCUAUAUAAGCCACUGAACAGGUGAGUCCUCAUGUUACAAUCUACAUGCUCAAAAGCAAGGAGGCUCCCUCUCAAAGUUGCUAUACAAGGCACUGCUCUUAAUAUGACUUCUAAGGUUAUAGCUGUCGGCGACAUGUGCUAUGUUGUAAGAUAUCUUUUAACUUACAGACUUUUGCCACUUAUGUAAAUAUUCAAAUAUCUGUUUGCAUUUAAUGUAACUCUAGCCUCUAGGUAAUGUCAUCAGCGAUGUAGUGAUAUAUGAAGAGCAGAAUAUAAAAUUCUAGAAGAAAUAGCAUAAUUACGACAUAACUUCAGCUGAUGUAUGUGCAUAGUACAGAGGUUGACUGCCCAUGAAAUUUGAGGAUUUGCUCAAAGCUUCAUGUUUGAAUGAGAACUGGUCCUGUUUCCUUGUGUGAA